AUGUCCGGAUGGAGGGGAUCUAGAUCAAGCUUAGCUGGGCCCGGUUCUCCGUUGUCGGACCGUGUCUCCACGUCUCGAACCGUUCGACUCGGCGGUGUCCAGCCUCAGGCUCCUGGUCACCGCACCAUCUUCUGCAAUGAUCGCGAAGCCAACUUCUUGACCAAAUUCGAGGGUAAUUCUGUAUCAACUACAAAGUAUGACAUUCUUACUUUUUUACCAAAGGGAUUGUUUGAACAGUUCCAUCGGGUAGCCAACUUCUACUUCCUUGUGAUCUCUGUUAUAUCGUGCACUCCAGUCAGUCCUGUAAGUCCAGUUACGAAUGUAGUCCCUUUGUGUCUGGUGCUUCUCGUUUCUCUUAUCAAGGAGGCGUGGGAGGACUGGAAGCGUUUUCAAAAUGAUAUGGCAAUCAAUAAUUCUUCUAUAGACGUGUUGCAAGAUCAGAAGUGGGAAGCUGUGCCCUGGAAGAAGCUGCAGGUUGGAGAUAUUGUCAGAGUUAAGCAGGAUGGAUUCUUUCCUGCAGAUCUGCUAUUCCUUGCUAGCACGAACCCAGAUGGUGUCUGCUACGUUGAGACUGCAAAUCUGGAUGGUGAAACAAAUUUAAAGAUCAGAAAAGCAUUAGAAAAGACCUGGGACUUUGUGACUCCUGAGAAAGUAUCAGAUUUCAAAGGCGAAGUACAAUGUGAGCAACCAAACAAUUCAUUGUAUACUUUCACUGGCAAUCUCAUAAUCCAAAAUCAGACCUUACCUCUCAGUCCAAAUCUAAUGCUGUUGCGAGGAUGCAGUCUCAAGAACACCGAGUACAUAGUUGGCACUGCCAUUUUUACUGGGCAUGAAACAAAGGUUAUGAUGAAUGCCAUGAAGAUUCCUUCCAAAAGAAGUACUUUGGAGAAGAAACUUGACAAACUUAUACUCACUCUUGUUAGUGUUCUCUUCUGUAUGUGUCUCUUGGGCGCCAUAGGCAGUGGAAUAUUUGUGAACCGGAAGUAUUACUAUUUGCAGUUUGCUGAAAGUGAUGCACAGUUUAAUCCCAGUAAUAGAUUUUUGGUGACUGCUUUGAAUAUGUUUACACUAAUUACCCUUUAUUCACCAAUUAUCCCCAUCUCCCUCUAUGUUUCCAUUGAGAUGAUCAAAUUUAUUCAGUCCACCCAAUUUAUCAACAAUGAUUUGUGCAUGUACCAUGUUGAAACCAAUACUCCUGCGUCAGCACGGACUUCCAAUUUGAAUGAGGAACUUGGACAGGUGGAAUACAUAUUUUCUGAUAAAACUGGAACUCUAACAAGAAAUAUGAUGGAGUUCUUUAAGUGUUCAAUUGGAGGAGAAGCAUAUGGCACUGGUGUCAGUGAGAUUGAGAUGGGAACAGCACAGCGAAAUGGCAUAAAGUUUGAGGUUCACAAAUCAUCAAACACUGUGCGCGACAAGGGUUUUAACUUUGAUGAUGCUCGACUUCUUCGAGGUGCUUGGAGGAACGAACCUAAUCCUGAAACAUGCCAGGAAUUCUUUAGGUGCCUUGCCAUUUGUCAUACUGUACUUCCUGAAGGUGAUGAGUCCCCUGAAAAAAUUCAAUAUCAAGCUGCAUCUCCUGAUGAGGCUGCUUUGGUUACAGCAGCAAAAAACUUUGGCUUCUUCUUCUACAGGUAUGUGCUCCUGAAUAGUGUGUUUGGGGCAGGGGGUGUACCUUAUUCAAAAGAACCACAAGAGGAUCCUUUCUUCCUCUUCGCCUGCUCCCCUCCUCUUCCUGCUACAUUCCUACUUGAUUUUCAAAGUGGCGCAAAUAAUCAAGAUGCAAUGUCACAAAGGCGUACACCUAUGAUGAUCUGUGUUCGUGAGUCUCAUGUUGAGAAGAUGGGAAAAGUUCAAGAUGUUUCUUAUGAGAUUUUGAAUGUCCUUGAGUUCAAUAGUACAAGGAAGCGCCAGUCUGUUGUAUGUCGUUAUCCAGAUGGGAGGCUUGUACUAUACUGCAAGGGUGCUGAUACCGUUAUCUAUGAAAGAUUGGCUGAUGGACAAAAAGAUUUAAAGAGAACAACCAGGGAGCACUUGGAACAUUUUGGAGCUGCUGGACUGCGUACCCUUUGCCUAGCUUAUAGAGAUUUAAGUUCUGAUAUGUAUGACAAUUGGAAUGAGAGGUUUAUUCAGGCAAAAUCUUCUUUGCGGGAUCGUGAGAAAAAAUUGGAUGAGGUGGCAGAACUCAUUGAAAAAGAUCUUAUUUUGAUAGGAUGCACAGCUAUAGAAGACAAGCUUCAAGAAGGAGUACCAUCUUGUAUAGAGACUCUUUCUAGGGCUGGAAUCAAGAUUUGGGUUCUAACUGGAGACAAGAUGGAAACAGCAAUAAAUAUAGCUUACGCUUGCAAGUUGAUUAAUAAUGACAUGAAACAGUUCAUCAUUUCUUCAGAAACUGAUGCAAUUAGAGAAGUGGAAGACAGAGGUGAUCAAGUAGAAAUUGCACGCAUCAUCAAAGAUGCAGUAAAGAAUGAGCUGAAAAAGUGCUAUGAGGAUGCACAACACUAUAUUUGUUCGGCAGCUAGACCCAAAUUAGCACUUGUGAUUGAUGGAAAGUGUUUGAUGUAUGCACUGGAUCCAAUUUUACGAGUAACACUGCUAAAUUUGAGCUUGAAUUGCAGUGCGGUAGUUUGCUGUAGAGUUUCUCCUUUACAAAAAGCACAAGUAAGCUUCCUUGGCAUCGCUCGAUGUAUAUGUUUAAUUUCCUUUUCUUUGAUUGGAAGUGAUAAGAACCGAUAAUCAUCACUCUCCCAGCUUCCCUAAUUGUUCCCAUGCCUGCAUUUCACAUGUUGCUACAAUAGCUAGGCCCGUUAGGGUUUGAGAGUAACUUUCUUCUUAACAGAGGUGAUGUCAGUUUUGUAACAAGCUUUGAAGGAAGCUUUAUGUGUUUCGUGCCAUGUUUCUUAUGGGGUUGUUGCAACUUGGGCGGUCAACCUAUGUUCAACCCGACCCGAGGUACAGAAACUUCAGCAGUAACCCAACCCGAGCCCAACUUCUAACCCAAGGU